AUGAGCCUGGAGCGCGAACUCCGUCAGCUGAGCAAGGCCCAGGCCAAGGCGCAGAGGAGCGGGCAGCUGCAGGAGGAGGCCGCCUGCUGCCACCAGCUGGGCGAGCUGCUGGCCGGCCAUGGCCGCUACGCCGAGGCCCUGGAGCAGCACCGGCGCGAGCUGCAGCUUCUGGAGGCCGCCGGCGACACCCUGGGCUGCGCUGUGGCGCACCGCAAGGUCGGGGAGCGCCUGGCUGAGCUGGAAGACUUCGAGGCCGCCCUGCAGCACCAGCACCACUACCUGGAGCUGGCCGCUGCCCUGUCCAACCACACGGAGCUGCAGCGGGCCUGGGCCACCAUAGGGCGCACCCACCUGGACAUCUUCGACCACGGCCAGUCACGGGAGCCCUUGCUGCAGGCACAGGCCGCCUUCGAGAAGAGCCUGGCCAUUGUGGACGAGAAGUUGGAGGGGACCCUGACCCAGCGAGAGCUGAGCGAGAUGAGGACCAGGCUCUACCUCAAUCUGGGUCUCACCUUCGAGAGCCUGCAGCAGACCACGCUGUGCCACGACUACUUCAAGAAGAGCAUCUUCCUGGCCGAGCAGAACCACCUGUACGAGGACCUGUUCCGUGCCCGCUACAACCUGGGUGCCAUCCACUGGCGCGAAGGGCACCACUCGCAGGCCAUGCGCUGCCUGGAGGGGGCCCGGGAGUGUGCACGUACCAUGAAGAGGCGGUUUCUGGAGAGCGAGUGCUGUUUGCUCAUCUCGCAGGUCCUCCAGGACCUGGGUGACUUCCUGGCAGCCAAGCGGGCGCUGAAGAAGGCCUUCAGGCUGGGCUCCCAGAAGCCCUCACAGGGGGCGGUGGUUCUCCGGAGCCUCAAACAUGUGCUGGCAGUGGUCCGGUUGCAGCAGCAGCUGGAGGAGGCCGAGGGCAGCGACCCUCAGGGUGCCAUGGCCAUCUGUGAGCAGCUGGGUGACCUGUUCUCCAAGGCAGGCGACUUUUCCAAGGCAGCCCAGGCGUACCAGAAGCAGCUGCAUCUGGCUGAGCUGCUGCAGCGACCAGGGCCUGAGCUGGCCGUCAUCCACGUGUCGCUGGCCACCACGCUGGGAGACAUGAAGCGGUACCGCCAGGCAGAGCACCACUUCCAGGAGGAGCUGAGGCUGCGGAACGGCAACGCCCUAGAGGAGGCCGAGACCUGGCUAAACAUCGCACUGUCCCGUGAAGAGGCUGGAGAUCCCUACGAGGUGCUGGCCCCGUGCUUCCAGAAGGCCCUAGGCUGUGCCCAGGAGGCCCAGCAGCCAGAGCUGCAGAGGCGUGUGCUGCGGCUUCUCCACGCAGUGCAGUUGAGGCUGCAGCCUCAGGAGGCCCAUGCCACUGAGCUCAGACUGCAGGAGCUGGGUGUGGCUGAAGAUGAGGAGGAGGAGGAGGAAGAGGAGGAGGAGGCCAGCAGAGCCUUGGAGGACAGUGAGCCUGACCUCUCUGAGAGUGAGGACGAUGUGGACAGCCAGUCCCAGCAGCCAGAGGAUGAGGAGCUGCGGGGCUGUCUGGGCCGCCGGAAAGUGGACAAGUGGAAUCGGCGCAAUGACAUGGGUGAGACGCUGCUGCACCGAGCCUGCAUCGAAGGCCAGCUGCGCCGCGUCCAGGACCUCGUGAAACAGGGCCACCCUGUGAACCCUCGAGACUAUUGUGGCUGGACUCCACUGCAUGAGGCCUGCAACUACGGGCACCUGGAGAUCGUCCGUUUCCUGCUGGACCAUGGAGCCGCAGUGGACGACCCAGGUGGCCAGGGCUGUGAGGGCAUCACCCCCCUGCAUGAUGCCCUCAACUGUGGCCACUUCGAGGUGGCUGCGCUGCUCAUUGAGCGAGGGGCGUCUGUCACUCUGCGGACCCGGAAGGGUCACAGCCCCCUGGAGACCCUGCAGCAGUGGGUGACGCUGUACUGCCGGGAGCUGGACUUGGAGACCCGACAGAAGGCCGCGGCCACAGAGAGUCUGUUACAGGCCACUGCAGCGGGCCGAGGCAGGCAUCCCUCAGCUGCCGUGCAGGAGGAACCCGAAAACUCUCUGUUUGACCCUGAGGUGUCUCCUCCCUCCAGCCCCCUCCCAGAGUCACCCUCUGGGACCCCUGCUCCUUCAGAGGCCUCCCAGGCCUGCGCUGGGGGCUCUCCCAGGCGGGACGUGCCGCCGGCUGCCAGACUUCGGAGGCACCGGGCCAGGGUGGUCAGCAACAGCAGCUCAGAGGACGAGGACGACUCAGGCCGCCCCCGGCCAUCGCAGAAGAGGCCUCGGCACUCUGCUUCCGAGGCGGCUGCGGCAGGGGCUGGCCGGGCAGCUUAUCAGGCAGCCAUGCGCGGUGUGGGCAGUGCCCAGAGUCGCCUGGGGUCUGGCCCUCGGUGUCUGGGCAGAGUUCCCCCUCCCCGAGCGGCCCUCAUUCCCGAGGACGAGUACCUGGCCGGGGACUGGCUGGAGAUAGACACACCCCAGGGUCACAGUCGGCAGAGCAGCCGCCCACCCCCUUGGGCCCAGAGCAGUGGGGACAGCAGGUCUGGUGCCCUGGGGGAACAGCACCCCACCCGGCCCCAGACCCAGCAGAGCCACUCGGCACAGCCCAUGGGUCGGGGUGGCCCUGUGGAUGCAGGAGCCGGCAACCUGACUGCUGACCCCGCGGGGCGGGGAACCCUGCUGACAGGCCAGCCCUCGGUGAGUGCAGGACACGGGCUCAGCUGGGUGCCACCCCCUCCCCUCCGGGUCCGAGUUCGAGUCCAGGAUAAUGUCUUUCUCAUCCCCGUGCCGCACAGUGAGGCCCCUCUGGUGGCCUGGUUGGCUGAACAGGCCGCCCAGCGCUACUACCAGACCUGUGGGCUGCUGCCCAGGCUCACCCUGCAGAAGGAGGGGGCCCUGCUGGACCCCCAAGACCCCAUCCCUGAUGUGCUGCAAAGCAAUGACGAGGUGUUGGCCGAAGUAAGCUCCUGGGACCUGCCCCCGCUGGCUGACCGCUACCGCAGGGCUUGCCAGAGCCUGGGGCAAGAAGAGCACCCACAAGUGCUGCAGGCUGCCGAGUGCCAGGACGCCAGCCCCUCCUUCAGUACCCACUGCCUGGCUCUGCGCCCAGCUCAGCUCACGCCUCUACUCCGAGCCCUCAAAUUGCACACUGCACUCCGGGAGUUGCGCCUGGCAGGGAACCGGCUGGGGGAUGGCUGUGCCGCAGAGCUGCUGGCCACCUUGGCCACAAUGCCCAGUCUGGGCCUUCUCGACCUGUCCUCCAACCACUUGGGUCCUGAAGGUCUGCGCCACCUGGCCAUGGGCCUCCCGGGCCGGGGCGUGCUGCAGAACUUGGAGGAGCUGGACUUGAGCAUGAACCCCUUGGGGGACGGCUGUGGUCAGGUGCUGGCCCUCCUCCUGCAGGCCUGCCCCUUGCUCCACACCCUGCGCCUGCAGGCCUGUGGCUUUGGCCCUGCUUUCCUUUUGAGCCCUCAGGAAGUCCUGGCAAGCACUCUGCGAGGUGCAGAGCGCCUGCGGUCCCUGUCCCUGUCUUUCAAUGCCUUGGGCACCGCUGCCCUCACCAGGCUCCUGCAGAACCUGCCAGCCCAUGCCCUCCUGCGCCUGGAGCUUGGCUCUGUCAUAGCCAGCAAGACUGACCUGGGCCUCGUGGAGCCUGUGGUUGGGUACCUGACCAAGGAACGCUGUGUGCUGACCCACCUUAUGCUGUCUGCAAACCACCUGGGCGACCAAGCCGUGCGAGACCUGAGCAGGUGCCUUCCUCUGUGCCCGUCGCUCGUCUCCCUCGACCUGUCUGCCAACCCUGCCAUCAGCCGUGCCGGCCUGCAGGAGCUCCUGUGUAUGCUGCGGGAACGGCGGCAGGGCCUCAGCUUCCUGGGCCUGGCAGGCUGCACCGUGCACGGCCCCCUGGGUGCCGGCCUGUGGGACGCGGUGGGCGCUCAGCUGCAGGAGCUGCGCCUGUGCAGCCGAGGCCUGGACGCCGACGACCGCGAUGCCCUGCUCCGCCUGCAGCCCGGGCCCGGCGCGCUGCUCCGCGGCCACAAGCUCUUCCUCCGGCGCCUCUGACCCUGCCUGCCCCCUCGGACCCCCAAUAAACGC